CAUGACGAUUUCUAAAAUCAGUGCUUCAGCUCCCCAUACAACCAUUUUGUUACGCAUUAUCAAUGAUUACUCCUAACUUAAUAAUUCCGAUCUAAAUUUUGAAGAAUGAAAGAUUAGUGUUAUUGUAGAUGAACGGGGGAUUAGAAAUUUGGCUUGGAUACACGUGCAACUUUCAAUAGUUUAUAUAAGAUUUACAUGCUUGAAGCACCAGGUUUCGAUGUUGACGUGUAAGUUUCAAACAAAGUACGAGUAUAUUUAAGCGUCUUCGUCUCUCCUCUGGUUUAGGAUUAUGGAAGGCUACAAUAGACUUUGUUAGCGCAGUAGAGUGGAAGUUAAUUCGAGUAAAAUAACGAGUUGCCUUUUCUUGAAGGAAAGAAGUGAUGUCGACCAAACAAUCGUAUUAGAUCAACAGAUGCUGGAUCACUAUCACUCAGAAGGCUUGCGUGAAAUGUACUUAUAUUUUUGUUGGAAAUCGCUCAACAAUAGUUACAUGAAGCCUUUAAACUUUUUACAAGAGGGCUAGUGCGAUGAUAGAGUGCGACGUUUGUAACGAGAAAUUCGACUCGGGUAACCACUAGCCGCUUGGCCAGCCUUGCGGCCACACGUUCUGAUUCUCUCGCAUUACCAAUUUACUAAAACUACCUGGAACCUAAAAUUGCACAAAACGUAGGAAACAAUUUUCCCAACGAAUUGAUCAAAUGAGUCUCCAAUCAUAUUUGCGAGAUAAAGGAGAAAUUGGUCGAAAGUCGGUCAAAAACGCAUUGGUUCCUUCAGAAAACACAGCUCGCCCACAUCCCCCGAGCUCGCUGUCAAAGAAACCGUGCCUCCAUCAAGGGAAGGCGCAGGAUUACCUGUGCGUGGACUGCUUGGAACUCGUGUGCUUCAAGUGUACCAGGAACACGCAUAAAAAUCACACAAUUGAGUUAUUAGACGACCUACUUCAAGAGGAUGAAUCUGUUAUGAACUCGUGGACGAAAAUACGGACAACAAUAUACGACAAACUCGGGCGCUUGAAUAACUUAGUCUCCUUAUCAGAUGAUAUACUGAGUUUGAUUGAUGAAAUCAUCAACCUGAAGACUGAAUUUCAAGCUUGGAAGGAUUCGCUGGUGGCCCAAAAAGUGUCUACAGAGCAAGACCUCCAGGCUUGGCAUGCCCCGGCCACCGGUGUGAUUGAGGGGAAGCGACAAGAAUGCAAGGAAAUGCUUUGUCGUCUAAAAUUGAAACCUCAAGAAAAUAUGGAGAUACCAGAGAUCAAAGCGAGGUUGUCUGCAGCUUUGAAGAAAUGUGAUUCAUUACAGAUUCAAGGGCCUGCUGUUACGGCGACGGCGCGGCAGUGCGCCGGCGCUGGCGCGGCCGUGCUGCGAGUGCAAAACGACCUUCAGGCGACGCCACCGCAAGGCGCAACUACGGGAGCGACUCCUCGAACAUUCCAGGCUCCUGGGCUGACAUCUGAGCUUCCACCAUAUGACGACAGUGUGCCUUGGACAGUCACCAGCCGUGCUGAAGAAGAGCGAGCUGUCGCCAGGCUGCGCAACAACAUCAAGCCCAGUCGCCUCGUGGUGCUGUCCACUAACACCCGCCCCAUCCCGAGGCUGGGGGAGCUGCUGUCCCGCCUUGCCGCCCACCACACCGGCGACAUCAGCCUGCUGCCUCUGGACCACUUCUGGAGGCCGGCAGGACAGGCGGAUGGAGGCAUGGCAGCCAUCAUAAACAAUUUAAGUGGCCGCCUAGAUACCAUGUACGUCUCUAAUGGUCAAGUUGGGUCCUACUUAUCCAAACGAUUUGACGACAGUAUGCAGAGGGGUAGAUUGUAUGGGGUAAAUAGAGAGGACUGGCCUUGCAAGAUCGGUGUACGUUUUGACAGCGACAACGACGUCUGGACUUGUGAAAUUUUACCAUAUCAAAUUGACGAUGUUUGCUGUGUACGAGGAACGCCUCUCCAAGUCUGCUCAGAUUUAUGGGAUUUCGAUUAUACUGUCAACCGCUGGCACUUCCCAGACCUCUGCGACGAGGACUUGGACUGGAUGAUCGGUAUUCUGCAGCUAUUCAGGGAUUCUCGCCUGCGUGUGGUCUUACCGAGAAAUGACCUCACCGCUACGGGCGCUCGUCGGCUGUUCGAGGAGCUCCCCCAAAUCCGGGAGGUAUACCACGACCCUGGCGCGGCGCACCUGACGUCAGCUGGCAGUGCACCUGAUCGCACCUUUUUCGAAUUGUCAACGAACAACAUCAUUAAAUGGAUGUAA